AUUGGUUGGUAGAGGGGCUAAGCGUUUGUAAGCAGUUUGUUUUGUAGCUCAUUUUGAAUUGCAGAAACUUAUUUAAAAUUGCUGAGUUCGGUUUUUGGUGUGUGAUUUUUUAAUAUACUUGACUCAAAUAUUAUAGUAACUAACCGGAGAGAAUGACGUAUAGGUUAAACUACGUACGAAACGGGCUGGAAUUAUGUGCCAUUUUUUACUAAUGACAUUAAGAGUUCUUUGUAAAUUUCUUCAUAACGUUCAUUGAAGAAAAUAAGACUCCGUUGAAAUGUCACAGGCUGUUAUGCCUACAAAUCAGAUGCGUGAGAGCCCACCAAUGGAGCGGAAUAUACAUGAAAUGCUGAAGGAUACGCCGGUGAUGAAUGAUAGCAAUACAGCUGUACACUCAGGAACAGCUCCCCCGACACCGCAGCGUAUGGGCUUUAUCCAACACCCGACAUCAUUACCUCUAAGUCAGACUGCAGCCCCAGCAUCAAUGACAUCACCAUCUAUGAAUUCAACGCAGAAUGGCGAUCCUCAAAUCAUAAAAGCCCAACAAUCAAAAAUUGAAAGUAUAAAGAACUGGAGUAUUUCAACAUACAAAUGUACAAAGCAACUUAUGUUUGAAAAAUUGGGAAAAACUUCAAGAACUGUGGAUAAAGAAUUGGAGGCUCAGAUUGAACAGCUGCGAGACACUCAACGGAAGUAUUCAAACAUCUUGAGACUGUCUCGAGCCCUUGCCAGUCAUUUCUAUCAUGUUGUACAAACUCAGCAUGCACUUGGUGAGGCAUUCUCAGACUUAGCACAGAAGUCACCAGAGCUACAGGAAGAGUUUCUGUACAAUGCAGAAACACAGCGUAGCCUUACCAAGAAUGGAGAAACCCUACUUGGGGCUCUGAACUUUUUUGUUUCAUCAGUGAACACCUUGUGCAAUAAGACUAUUGAAGAUACCCUUCUGACUAUUAGACAGUAUGAAACAGCCAGAAUAGAAUAUGAUGCAUACAGGACUGAUUUGGAGUUGUUGGCUCAAGCUCCAAGAACAGAUGCAAAUACAGCAAGAUUGGAAGAGGCGCAACAUAAUUAUGAACUUCACAAAGCACAUUUUGAAAAGUUAGGCUCAGAUGUAUCUGUAAAACUGAAAUUUUUGGAUGAGAAUAGAAUCAAAGUAAUGCACAAACAGCUUUUGCUGUUCCAUAAUGCGGUAUCAGCAUACUUCUCAGGAAAUCAACAGGCACUUGAAGCUACAUUAAAACAGUUUAACAUCAAGGUUAAAUCUCCUAAUUCUUCUUAUCCAUCAUGGUUGGAGCAAUAGUAGCAGGAGAUAAGUAGGACUUGAGUCGUGCCCAUUCCAGAUGGUUUGCAGUUAUUGUAAAGUAGCUGUGUAAUUUCACUUAAUGUCAACAUGACAAUGCUGCAACAAUUCCUGCAUCACCUUGUUUAUUAAUCUGUGUGUGCAUCAUAUGUGAUAAAUGUAAAUUAAGUGCUUUAAAAACUUUUGUUGCCAUUUACUAUACAUCAGGGCCAGAAUUCUGCAUUAGUUAACUGCGAACAUUAAUUAUGUAUACUAAAACCCUUGUUCAUCAGUCAUGCAGUAUCAUUUUUUCAGUGAGUUCCUGUUUCAUGGUUUUGUAUGAUUUUGAGACUACGGAUAACUGGUGAACAGUACAUAUAUUUCAUGUAUGAGAUAUAGUGCAUAUCAUUAAUAAAUGACUUCUUUACAACAUUGUUUGCCAGUUAGCCCACUUGGAUAAAAAUUUAAAACUUAUAAGAAAUAAAAAUGAAAAAAAAGGGUUUAUAUUUUCUAAUUUAAAGAAAAUACAGUUAUGUUGUUGCUGCAGUUCAGCAUGCUUAAUAUCUGUGUAAUGAUCAGGUUUUGUCGAAUACGUAUAUGGUCAGCAUUUAGCUAUGUUGUGCAGUGUAACAACUGACAGCUAUUAGACUAUAGAUGUUUCAUGUAUUGAAAAAUAAAUGACAUGAACACCUUCAUUUUCUGUUCAGAUGUGUAGGAUUAACAGUGUGUUUUUAUGAGUAAAACUGUUACUGCUACAUGUUAUAACAGGACAAAUUUGAUAUUCUUAAAGCACGUCAUGUGUUAAUGUGAUCCAUGUGUAGUGUGAUGCUGAAAGAAAAAGUCAUGUAGUAUCUGUACUAUGGAAAAUUGCCAUAGAUUUCUUUCUUUCUUUUCUUUCUUUUUUUUCCCUUUUUGUACACAGUACAAACUUUCAAAGCUGAUAUUGUGAAUGCCACUGGAUUUAUAUUGGUUUUAGUGCACUGUGACUUCAAGACAGUGCAUUCAAAUAUAAACCUAGUAUUGCUAAAAAGAGUAGGUAUCAGUUUCCAGUUUGUAAUGACAACACUGCUGAUAAAAGGAGAAUAUUAGACCUCUUAGACAGUAUAAUUAAUGAAAGACAGAAUUUAGAAUUGAUUGUCACAUGCUUGUCACAUUACAACUACUGCGCUUUUUUGUCGUAGUUGGUGUGUUCACCUGUACUCUGUUAUAUGCUUGUAUGAAUGUCACAGUAAUGUGAUGACAUCUCAUUGAAAUGCACUAUUACACUCAUUGUAUACUUUUGCAAAAUGUAUUUUAGCCAGUUAUUUUCUUCUGUCUUUUCUGUACGGCUCUUUUGACAAAGUUUAGUCAGUUUUUUUAACGUAAUUUUUCUCUUUUGAACACUUGCAGUGUUGGCUUGGUUUAGCACUUUUUGUAUUUAUUACAAAUAAUUAGUUCUAAAUGGGGAUAAUUUUUGAAGUUCAGAAUAAUAUACCCUUUCAGGUAUUUUGUGCUCUGUGCAGUUACUUUCCAGAGAAAGUAAGUUUUAUUCAGUGGUAAUUUCAAAAUAACACUGUUUGUCUUUGUCAUUGUGACAUCCACCUCAUCCAAAAAGAUACAAUAAACAGUGCUUUGGUGUUAAUAGUUUGUUUUGAAGUUGUAUACUGGAGCUGAUGUUUUGAACAACGGUGUUUCCUCUAUGUGAAAGGCUUUAGUGUCUCCUCGUCAUGUGCAGUAUUUAAAUGCUGCCAAUGCUUUCAGUAAAUAGUAAAUGGAGAUUAGUGGUACCUUGUGCAAGUAUGACAAUAUCUGGUGGUGUAAUUGAGCAGGAGAAUAGUCAUCUAUGGGAGUGCUGAUUUUGUGUAGUACAGCACUUCUGUUGCUACCGUCCACAAUUAAAUUUGCUUUCCUGGAAUACUGCCAAGUAUUUUACUUCAUUUUAGAUGACCUGCAAGCAUAGCUCAUAUAUAAUGUGCCAUUAAUAGCUGACGUAAUGCGUUAGUGACAGUGGUUGACAACAAGAGACUUGUAACUCUUUUGUCUUUGUUUUCUAUACAGUAUUUGCUGAUAAGCAUUUUUUUCCCAUGUGAUUCAGUAUAUAAAGACUGAUACUAGAAAUAAACAUUUAAGUGGUGGUAGAAAAGGCAGUAUGUGCCGUGUUCUCUCUUCCUUCCCCUCUCUGGCAUAAGUAGUCCAUUAUGACCUAAGGAUGUGUUUCCUCCUUUCAUUUGUCAUAUUAUCUUUGCAUUCUCACAAGUGGCAAACAUUAAAGGCCUUGUUAUAAAUUUCAUUUGAUGCUUUAUAUGUGUUGCUGUCAUUGAUCAAACUGUGCACAUUUUGGCUUGUGUUGUCUGAAUAUCAUAUCUCAUACAAUAUUCAAAUCAUUAUGAAUUGAAUUGUCUCAAUUAAAAACAAAGAAACUUACUGUUUGGGCAGUUGACAUACUUUGUGAAAUUUGGAACUUGUGGGGAUAUGCAUAUACUUCAGAGCUAACUACAAGUUCCAAAUCUUAUUUAUGUGCCUGCUGUUGCCCAGAGUCCAAAGUAUACUCAUCUACUGUUUAUGUUGCACUCAGAAUUUUCCAGUAUCUUAUUAGUGUUUCAAAAGUCAUUAUGUAGAACUGCAUAGUAGCUAGACUUGACACUCCAUUAAGGUUUUUUUU